CUUGACAGAGCCACCCCAGUACCAGAACCACUUUGUGAAUGAAAUCAUGUCGGAAGAUGUCGAAUGAUCGCUUGCGCUAGCUGCGCAAGCGAGACUUGACCAACAUAUAUAAAUUUGUCCUUCCCCUACGCAGAACGUAAACCGAUAUCCUUUUCAAGAGGUUUAGAGGUUCCGUUCAUCGAUCAAAAGCGAGCGAACGUCAAUCCAAGCUGUCUCACCGACGAACCAACUCAGGUCACCAGCAUGAUACCUCGAAACUUAGUGAAUGAUGUGGAGAAUCAACAAUCGACCGUCGCGAUAGCAGCCUGUACAACGUCGAAAGGCAACAUACACUGCUAUGUUCGGACGCUUGAUGGCGUUAUCGAGCAGCGGUGUCUAGAACAACGUUUGGUGCCAGUACCUAUCACCGAGUCUGACCCAGCAAGUGGCAGCCAUAUACCCCAGGCAGGCGGGUGGACGCCGGGAGACUUGCGACGCGAAUGCAGCCCUAAAAGCCAGCUCAGCGGCCUGGCAUGGGGCUCUGGCCAAGAAUCGCUAUUUUAUCAGCAUGCAGACAACAGCCUACGCGAGGCUAGGUAUGAUACUAGUCGCUGGUAUGAUACCAACUUCUCCCAGGUGGAUGUCAUGCCGGGAACACGUAUUGCUUCUGUUUGCACGCCAGACGGUCUACGUGCUAUGCUCUUCUUCCAGGACUCCGAAGGCUACUUAUGCUAUCGACGUGCUUGGAGCUGGAACUGGGAAGCCAAUGCCACGCGGCUUGUCGAGGUUGCGCCAUUCUCCGGCCUCACGGCGAAACUGCCAUACAGGGAAGACGACGCUAAACACGUUUUCUUCCAUAUCUAUGUAUUCUACCAAGACCAAGACUUCGUCCUUAGAGACAAAUGCACUGGUGACUUUGGCGCAACGUGGUACUUUACUCGUUUUGUUGAGGACGUACAGCGACCCGUGAGCUCUCUAGCCACGAAUGGAUUGGGAGGGUACGGGGAUGAUGCGGAGCAGUACCCCGAUGGCUCUGCUGUCAAAACACUUUACUACGACCCGCGUGCCCUCUCCAUCAGAGAGCGUGUCCAUGUGCCAUGGUCCGAAUUGAAACCGUGAGUUGUGAUCGUCUGGUCUUCCUUGAUACCUCUUGAUAACUGCCCAUACCAUACUACUAGAAGCGAGACCGUCUGCCCUGCUCCCCGCGGUAGCAGCAUUGCCGCAUGCACACAUGUUUCAGACAAAGGGAUUGUGACCAAUCUCUUCUGGGCCAGUCACGAUUCGGUCCGUGUUCGUCCGCGGCGUGCAACUGAACGUGCCGUCAUUGACACCUAUCGACUCCUCG